AUGGCGCAUCGCAUCAUCACGCAAAUAGUCCUCACCGGAGGACGAGUCUUUGGCAAGGCCUUCGCCGAAGCAUAUAAGCAGGCACAGGCCUCAUCCCAAUACGCCAAAUCAGCGGCGCAGAACGGAUCGACCGCAACCUAUUCAUCCUCGGGUCUGACACUUGAUGAGGCCUGCAAGAUCCUAAAUGUGAAGCCUCCGAUGGGCGGCAAGACCGACAUGCCAGUUGUGAUGGACCGAUUCAAAAAGUUAUUCGACCAAAACGAACCGAAGAAGGGCGGCAGCUUCUAUCUGCAAAGCAAGAUAUUACGAGCCCGUGAACGAAUAGAGGCUGAAGUCAGAGAUGCGGAACGAAAAGCGGCAUUUGAGAAGGAAAUUCGUGAAGGUUGGAAGCCCAAGAUGUACAGAGAUUGA